AUGACAGGAGAAAAUGAAAAGAUUGAAGCUGUGCCCGCUGUGGCAGCGGAGGCCCAGCCGGAUGGCCUCGACAUGAAGCUUGAGGGAGAUGAGCUGGCCAGACGUCUCUCUGCCACGGUCGAUGAAGUGCUCACGGCUCAGGGACACGCGCGUGAUCUUACUCUGGAGGAUGCUCGUGAGCGUGCUCAACAAAUUGUGGAGGCUCAUUCGCACGACCCAAACUUCCCCCACGGCGCCUGGGGUCGCAUGAACGCUUUCCUCGGCAAUGCAGCUCUUUUCGAAACCCCCGAGAAACAUCAACGUGCAAUCGAGAUGGCCAAGAUCGAGGUCUCUCUACUCACAUCCAACAGUCCAUACUCCGAGGUCCGCGCGGUAGUAGAUCCAAUUGAUAAUCCCGGCCUUCCUUGUGGCACUAUUCGGGCCUGGGUCAUUGGGCUAGGAUUUGUCAUUGCGUUGGCAUUCAUCAAUCAGCUCUUCAGCGUGCGACAGCCAUCCAUCUUCCUCGACGCCGCCAUUGUUCAAUUUCUUGCAUUUCCGGUUGGAAAGGCCGCUGAACGCUUCCUUCCUGACGUGGGAUUUGAGGUCUUUGGCGUUCGCCAUAGCUUGAAUCCUGGUCCGUUCAACAAGAAAGAACACAUGCUCAUCUCCAUCAUGGCCAAUGUGGGGAAGACUUUACCCAGUUCCAGAUACAUUAUUUUUACGCAAUGGCUGGAACGAUACUUUGACCAGCCAUACGCGAGAUCAUUCGGUUAUCAAAUCCUGCUCGCCCUCUCGACUGAUUUCAUGGGGUUUGGUCUGGCCGGUCUGUGUCGCCGAUUUCUAGUGUACCCAUCAUUUUGCCUGUGGCCCAGGUCCCUGGUUACAAUUGCGCUGAAUAGCUCCUUGCACAAUGAGGAGAACCAUUCGGUGAUCGGACCGUUCCGGAAAUUCUUCAACAUCUCCCGGUUUCGAUUCUUCAUGGUUGCUUUCGCGGCCAUGUUCGUCUAUUUCUGGUUCCCUGACUAUAUCUUCGGUGCUCUCAGUCUCUUCAACUGGCUGGCGUGGAUUGCCCCGACAAACUAUAACCUCACCGCCAUCUCCGGAAUUAAGAAGGGUCUAGGGUUCAAUCCUCUCCCGACAUUCGAUUGGAAUAUUGUCACGCAUGUUGCUGACCCAUUGAUCGUCCCUUUCCACGUUACUAUCAACACCUUCUUUGGUGUCUUGCUUGGUGGCAUUGUCAUCAUCGGAAUUUACUGGACUAAUGCAUAUCAUACCGGAUACCUCCCCAUCAACACUAACGGCAUGUUUAACCAUUUCGGAAAGUCUUACAAUGUCUCCAUGAUUCUCGACGACCGUGGGUGGCUGGACGAAAGUAAGUACCAGCAAUACUCACCCGUCUACCUUGCUGCCAGUAGCCUGAAUAUGUACUUCUUUUUCUUUGCGCUAUAUGCGGCGACCGUGUCUUACGCCUUUCUAUACCAUCGGCAUGACAUCGUUUUGGGCUUCAAAAGCUUGGCUCGGAGCUUCAGAGGCAGACAGACGGACGAUUUCAAGGACGUUCACAGUAGGCUUAUGUCGGUAUACCGAGAGGUUCCGGAGUGGUGGUACAUGAUCCUGAAUGUCUUCGCGAUUGCUCUUGGUGUGGGUGCCGUAGCUGCUUGGCCUACAUUUACGAGCGUGGGGGUAGUAUUCUUUGGAAUCGCACUCGCCCUUAUAUUCACCAUCCCGACCGGUAUUAUCUCUGCCACGACCGGAAUGGACAUUGAGUUCAAUGUGCUGGCCGAAUUCAUCGGAGGUGCAUGGCAACCAGGGAAUGCACUAGCCAUGAACUUUUUCAAAUGCUUUGGCUAUGUCACAACCGCCCACGCCCUUCAAUUCGCCAACGACCUCAAACUAGCGCACUAUGUCAAGAUCCCCCAGCGGCAGACAUUCUGGGCACAGAUCGUUGCCGUAUUCGUCUCUGCCUUUGUCUGCACCGGCGUCAUGAACUUCCAGAUCAGAAAUAUCCCUGAUCUCUGUGAAGAGAAUCAAAAAGACCGGUUCACCUGCCCCGGUGUCAACACAUACUUCACCGCCGCGGUGCUCUUCGGCAGCAUCGGCGCCAAGAAGGUCUUCGGCGCAGGCGGACAAUAUACAGCCUUGCUUUCUGCGUUUCCCAUCGGCCUGGCCCUUCCAUUUGUAUUCUACUACGCGCAGAAACGAGUCCCUCAGACCCAUUGGUUCCGCAGAGUCCACCCGGUCAUGCUCCUUGCCGGCGGCAUCCAUUGGUCUCCGUACAACAUAGCCUACAUGUGGCCCGCCGUUCUCCCCGCCUACAUCAGCAUGAAAUACCUGCGCACACGAUACCUCGCGUUCUGGGCUAAAUACAACUACGUGCUUUCGGCGGCCUUCUCGACGGCCAUCGCGUUGGCCAGCGUGGUGAUUUUCUUCGCUGUUAGCUAUCACGGCUACCAUAUUGACUGGUGGGGCAAUGAUGCAGAGUCGGGCUGUGAGGCUGAGGCGUGUACUCGGCUUGCGAUGCCGGAGGGCGAGUACUUCGGACCGAAGGUGGGGAGUUUUGCUUGA